AUGGCGUGGUUGGCUGCUGCGAUCCCAAUAAUUCCAAUGGCAAUUGAAGCUAUUACAAAACUGAUUAAUGGAAAGGAUGCCGAUGAUAAACCUGAAUCUGUUCCACAAAAAGAUUCGGCAGCUGAGGAGAGAAACAAUACUCUAGAAACUCGAAACCGAGAAUUAACCGAACAAAUGGAAAGAAGUCAAAUAGAGCAACAAAAGAGAAAUGAAGAACUAGCUGCUCAAAACAAGCAACUACGUGAAGACAUAGAAAAAUAUCAGAAAGAACAUGAAAAACAAUUGAAACAAAUGACCAAACUCUUGGCAGAAUUGAAAGAGAAGAAAUUGAAUUCUUUCGAAGCUAUUGAAGAACAUGAUAAAAAAGCUAAAGAAGCACUUAUCCGAUUAGCAAAAGAAGCUCAACCAAUAGGAAUGAAAGGUAAUAAUGUUGCUCUUUUUGGUUUAACAUCAACUGGAAAAUCAACAAUGCUUAAUAGUCUUCUUGGUGAAAAAAAAGCUGCAACAGGUGUUGGUGAAACAACUUUAGAAGUUGCAUCUUAUUCUGGUAGAAAUUUUGUUCUUUGGGAUAUUCCUGGUCGAAAUGAUGAAGUAUCAUAUAUGAGUAUGCAAUAUAUAUCAUUCUUCAAAGGAUUAACACGACGUCUUAUUCUUGUUCAACAUACAAUCAAAGAAAAUUCGAGCAUUAUGAAAUUAUUAGAUGCUAUUGAUAUAAAAUAUGAUAUUAUAGUGAACAAAAUGGAUCGUGUAGAAGAAGAAGAACGAACAGAAUUUUGUGAACAAAUACGAAAAGAAAUUCAGAAAAUUGGAUUAAAAGGUGUAGGUCGUGUAUUUUUUGUUAGUGCCAAAUAUCCAGCACAAUUUCCGGACUGGCUUGAAAUGGUCAAUUAUUUAACAAAUUCUUCAAACUAA